AUCGGACAUAUGCUUCUGCCUAGUAGAACGAUGGCAUUAACAAGAACAACCUGUAUUAUGCUUUUGCCUAAUACCUAAACUAGUCACUCUUGUCUGAUAUUUUUUUUGUUCCGCCUUUGCCUUCGAAAGCUCUGCAUCCUUUACAAACAUAGCCAGCCACCUUGCAAUCACCCUUCAAUUCCCAAUCGCACUCAAUCCCAUGAUUCCCUUUAAAUUCCUUUAGUGAUCUUCCUCAAUUCAUUUUACAAGGAAAGUGAUUUAUGGUCAUUUUUUUUGCCUUUUUAUCUCUUAUUUCACUGCACCUACUCUACCUUUUGUUGUUGAGUGAAGAAAGCAAAGAGGAUAAAGUCUAAAUAAAGAAAAUGGAAGGGAGAAACGUUAGCAAAUGGGAACAAGACAAACCCAGUGACUUGGCGGACCACAUUCUCCUCCACCACGCUUUUCUUUCUUUGAUACUCCCCGACAAAAUGGACAAGUGCUCUUGUCUUUUACCUUGACUGCUGACCACAACAAUCUUUCACAAAGAUUAGCUCCCCCUGGUGGUUUCUUUGUAAACAGCCACAUUUAUGUGUGAACAUUCCCAUCCCUGGGCGUGGCCACUUACAGGAUAUGCCGUGCAGGUGAGUUUCUUUGAACUCUUCCUUGAAGUGAAGGUGUUCGAUGAAAUGCUUAAGAGAUGAUUGGUAAAGGGCACAUUAAAUUGAUAAAGUGAGAAUGAGGAAGAGAAGCCCGAAAGUUUGCAGUUCUCAACACGUAGAUAGACUCAGUAAUUUGCCGAACCAUAUUAUCCACCACAUCCUCUCCUUCCUCGAUGCCAAGUAUGCGGUCCAAACCUCUGUGCUUGCUAAGGGAUGGAGAAAUCUUUGGACUAGUGUUCAUGUGCUUCACUUGAACAGCAAUUCCUUCCGUAGAUUGGGACGUUUUAAGAAAUUUGUGGUUGCUGUUUUGAAUAAACUCAAUCAUAACUCUACUGCUGGCACAUUUCUCUUCACUUACCGAGGGAGAAUAGAUGAUUAUCUCAAGAAAAGGGUUAUCUAUUUUGCCAGUUUCCAUGGCGUUGGUCAUCUUGUUCUUGAUUUGGGCUGCAAACGACCUCCUGUCUCGCAAGCACUUCUCAAUUGCCAAACCUUUAAAACCAUAAAACUCAAGAAUGCUACUUUCACUACAUCAUUUGGUUUCUCUAAACUCACCACUUUGCAUCUUAAACAUUGUUUGUUUUCUCUCGUUAGCAAUUGCUUUGAUUUUUCAGACUGUCUUCCCAAUUUGAGCAGCUUAUCCCUGCUUGGUUGUGAUUUUACUAGAUUCAAGGUUCUUAAAAUAUCAGGACCCCAAUUGCUCAAUGUAACAAUAAGAUCGAUGUGGUACUCUUAUGGUGGUCUCUCCAAGGGUUGUAAGGUGGAAAUCUCUGCGCCAAAACUUACAUUUUUUAGCUACAAAGAAUCUCACGUGGUCGAUUUCUCAGUAAUUAACCUCCCUUCUCUACAACAUGCCGAUGUUGAUGUUUUCCUUUCGUAUGAAGAGGAAAACAAGGACAUUCAAUGUUUGCUUAAAUUCUUCCAAGGCCUCUAUAAUGUGCAAUCUGCCACACUAUCUUAUUCUACUAUUCAGGCCUUAAAUGGAGUGCCUGGACUAGAGCAUCAACAAAGUCCUUUCAGUACAUUGUCUCUGAAACUAACACAUCCCAGUGACUGCUCCUUUCCAAUACCAGUAAAAGUGGCGAAGUACUUGUGUAAUGGCUCCCCCACUCCAGAUACUAUUCUUGUCAAGUAGCCAAAGGUACUUACUUUUUGGGAUUCUGUUAUAUUCUAUUGUUAAAAAUAUGAAUUUAUAGUCCUUAGAAUUUGGUUUUAUACUUUUUGGGGAAAUAUAAUUCCAUGUAUCAUGACUCGUGAGUUGAAAGUAGUUUGCUCUUACAAGGACUUUUGAGGUGUUGUUUGGUCA